AUGCCCGCCGCAUACGCAGUCCGCGAUGGCGGCGAUACCAAAUCAAAGAAACAGUCUAUGGCGGAUCUCAAAUUGCGCCGUCUACAAGAACUCAACAGUAGACUGAAGGAGGAUCUCGACCGACCGCGCGUUAAGGUGGCAGAAGCUUCUAUCUCUCUCAUCAACUACUGCAACCAGACCCGAGACUACAUGGUCCCCUCAGUCUGGGGCCAAGUCGACCGCAAAGAAGACCCCUACAAUCCCCAAGCGGCAGGGAGCGACGGCUGCUGUACGGUUAUGUGA